ACCAAGCAAACGCACAUGCUCUAAAUUCCAGUCUACCUACCAAACUAGUUUACCCUACAGAUCAAACAACAUUUCUGAUAAAAGCCAAACCCGCAGCAGGUUUCGGUUUGACUCGAGCUGAACUUCAGUAAAGCCGGUACUGUGAGGCAUCUAGCAAUUGUAUCAACGGCAUAUGAAGAGUUUAUCUUCAAAAACAGUAACUCGGUUUUUUAUGCAUUUUCAAAAAUCAUGUUUUUUACAUUUUAAUUAAUUGUGGGUAUUAUCAAAACAACCCAACUGCGACCGAAUUGAUAUUAAUUGGAACAAACAAACUCUUCAUAUAUCUGUUACUAUUAUGCUUUUUAAAUGGUUCAUGUUUUAUAGAUAUAUAUCUACAUAUUUAUAUAGACGUUCAGAGUGUUUGUGUCAACAAUAGGAGUGUCCAAGAUAAACAGCCUCAUUAGUUCAGACCUUUCAAUGCCGUGACAUGCUUUUUUUGUUCUGUUUGUGCUGCUGGAGUCUGAUCGGCAUGUUUGUGGCAGAUACAAAUGAAAUACAGUCCGUGAUGGAGGGAGAUUCUGUCUCUCUAAACUCUGAUCUUACUCAGAUACAUAAUGAGACCAUAGCUUGGACAUUUGAAUCGGAAAAGGCUAAUAUAGCUAAAAUCAGAGGAAAGAAACAAAACUUCUCCACGUUCGAUAAUGUUCUUGAUGGGAGAUUCAGAGACAGACUGAAGCUGGAUCAUCAGACUGGAUCUCUGACCAUCAUGAACACCAGAACCACAGACUCUGGACUUUAUAAACUACAGAUACUCACAGCUAAUCUGUACACGAAAAUGUUCAAUGUUACGGUCUAUGCUCGUCUGCCAGUUCCUGUCAUCAACAGAGACUGCUCUUCAUCAUCAUCGUCAUCUUGUUCGUUGUUGUGUUCGGUGGUGAACGUGGGUCAUGUGACUCUCUCCUGGUACAAAGGAAACAGUUUAUUGUCCAGCAUCAGUGUGUCUGAUCUCAGCAUCAGUCUCUCUCUACCUCUGGAGGUGGAACAUCAGGAUAAAAACACCUACAGCUGUGUGAUCAACAACCCCAUCAGAAACCAGACCACACAUCUGAACAUCAGUCAACUCUGUCACACGUGUUCAGGAUCUCUGGUAGCAGUGAUCUCUGUUGUCGUUGGAGCUCUGUUGAUUGUCGCUGCAGUCGGGAUCUUCUGCUUCUUCAAGAAAUGUAGAAAAACGGACAAAAAAGCAGACCAAACUUGUAAAGAAGAAAUAACUUAUGCUGAAACAACAUUCAACAAAAGAGAAAUACACAAACGGAACUUUAAAGAGGAGAAUCAUGUUGUGUAUGCAUCUGUCGCCACGAGACAGCAAAAGGAAACUGGUUCAUGGGGAAAAACGUAUGUUUGAGUCUAAAAUGAGAAGUUUUACAGAGGCUUGUCAGAGGACAUUUAUUCACGCGUCAGCACAGAUUCACACUGUAGUAAUGUUUAUAUAAUGUAUAUAAUGUUUAUAUACAUAUGUUGUUAUUUUUGUUUUACUGCAGAGCAAUAAAUAGUUGCAUAAGCUUUAUUGAGUAAAACUUGUGUAUGGACAUGCA